AUGGCGAGUUCAAUGAUGACACGUGUCAAAAUGUCGCUGGCUGACGUGCCUGUAAGGCGUCUCAUCGUUUGCCUUGGCUGUGGUGACUAUGAGGCAAAUGAGGCGCGUGGGGCGCUAGGCAACCGUGUAGCGCAACAGAUCCUUGGCACAUGUGCCCCCGCUCCAAGCGACAUACACAACCCUGACAAAAACCGCCUGCAUGCCCGUGAUGCUCUUGGGCGGGCUCGCCAGAAGCAAUGCUCCCGUAGAGGCGAAUUUUUUUUCAAGGGCGCUGCCGGCAACGGAGCUCUUCGGAUUCGUGGUGGCAUGCGGAGUCCACAGUCAUGGGAUUCGGAGCGUGUGGUAGACUAUAUGGGGAUAUGGUGCGAUAGGCUCCUGUUAGGGGAGCACACCAACCCGACUCGUUGCGCUUUGCUAGAACCACAGGUGCCAUUUCUCAUGUUUGGAGAGUCGCUGGAGCGAGUCCUCCUAGCACAUCGGAAAUUUACGGCUGUGGAUCUUCUGUUUGUCUUUUCUAGUUCCUGCGUUCCUUUCGGUGUGUUGCGUCUCGCUCCUUUCACUGACGCUUUGCUGACCCUUCCCAGCGGUGGCCCCGCAGCCUAUCCACAUAACUCCAUUGGCACGGUGUUGAGCCGAUUGACCUCGUCGCCCGAGAAGGCGUCGGCGAUUGUGAUUGGGGUCGGUGGCGCCCAUGGCCUCCUGACCGCCCUGACAGCGGAGGAGAGAGCGGAGUGCGACACCCGCAUAGUGCCACUUGCCAGCUUCGCCACCGCACUGUGGACGGUGAACCCGGCGAAGGCAACGGAGUUUCUUCAGAGCAACCCCAAGGACAAUGCGAGGUUGUGGCGCACGAUGCAGUCUUCUAUGCUGUCCACGCGGGACACGGCCGUGCUACGCGCCUACGAGGGCGGCCGGCCACUGGAUGCGCGGAUGAGCCGGCAGCAGACCACUUACCUGGCAGAGACUUUAUUGUCACGCCUCUUUCCUCACGGUGACGAGCACUGA